UGCACACAAUAGACUACACAGAACUCGGGUUCACCACUUGGAAUGUUCUAUUCAAAAAGAUGUGGCUGUCAUUAGGUAAUAUACUUGCAGCAAGUGAAGGAGAUGGGAUUCAUAUCCAAAGCUCUGUCUCCUGGAAGGGAGGCUUAGUCAUUGCUUAUAUACACGUUGGUUAAUUACAUGUUGAUUUCUUCUUUGAACUUGGCUAAGCUUAUGAGGUUGGUUUGGUAUCAAACUCAUCCAGUUUCAGCUGCCUCUGCAAAAUACUGUGCUACAUUUUAACAUUUAGCAAGAAUAGUACUUAUAGUAACUGUCCAAACCUUGAGACUCUUGUCCUAUCUAACAAUAUAGUGUAACAUAACUUUUACAUAUACUGGGAAAGCAAAAUAUUCAUGUGACUGGCUCUGUUGUCAUAUUUGUUUUAUUGCUGUGGUCUGGAACAGAACUGCAAUAUCUCCAGUAUGCCUGUAGUAGAUAGAGUCUGGAUCCAUAACCUUUCUACAUCUUUUCUAUUCUCAUUUUAUUCAGUAUCUGGGGAUUUUAGUAUUUUCCGUUACCUUCCACUUAAUGAAUCUCCAACCCCCUCCCCCUCUGGAAUAGCACAUUUGUACUUCCAAGUACUUAGGAUCACUACCAGGAACUUCAAACUCAGGAAGUCCUAAACUACAAUAAAUUCUUUAUCUUACCUUUCUGCCACCCCAAUCUCAAACCCUCUGGAAAUUUGCUUCUUUCCAGUUCCUGGGAAUUCCCUACAUUCUCAGUUAAAUGGCAGCACCAUCAACCCACUUUUUCCCAAACUCCAACUUAGGAGUCAUCCUCAUUGGCCAAGGCCCAUCUGAAAGAUGAAGCUGAAAACAUCCUACCCCUGGGGCUGAUGCAGGAAGAGAAAGCCUGCCCAGCGGCCACCUAAACCCUGGCACACCCGCGAUCAUUCCAUCCCGCUAAGUCUUAAAGACGAAAUACAUAGUAAUUUCCUAAGAGCAUUCGGGGCGCGGGGCGGGCGUGGCUGGAGACAGCGGAGGGCUGGGUGCCGGCGGCCUCCCACUGGCUUCCGCCAGACGUCAGCUCCAGAGCCGGGGAGAGCCCGGAGCGGGGAGCGCCUAGAGCGGGAGCUUCUAGAGCCUGAGAGCCCCGAGUACGGAGUCGGCAGAGGCCGGAUCCUGUGGCAGGAUGACGGUGGGGGUCUUUGCAAAUUGUACCUUCUGUUUGAAAGUCAAGCAUUUACCUCGUCAACAGAAGAAAAAGCUGCAAACUGACAUUAAGGAAAAUGGUGGAAAUGUGUCCUUUUUAUUAAAUCCCCAGUGUACACACAUAAUCAUAGACAACGUUGAUGAUCUGAGCCAGUACCAACUGAACUCUAUCCAAAAGAACCACAUCCAUAUUACAAGCCCAGAUUUUAUAUGGGAAUCUAUCAAAGAAAGGAUACUCUUGGACGUAAGGAAUUACGAUCCUAUCAAGUCCCUGGACAGCACACCACCUUGUCCAGAGGCAAGCAGUUCUGAAAUGCAAACAGAUGACCUAUGCCUGGACAGUUCCACAGAGACGGAAAACACUAUGGAACUUACUAGAUUUUAUACAGAGAAUGUUGAAAUUCCUCAUUUUCCUCAAGAUUUUGAAGUUGCAAAAUACAAUACCUUGGAAAAAGUGGGGAUGGAGGGGCGUCAGGAGACGGCCGUGGUGGAGUUGCAGUGCUCACAGGACCCCGGGGACCCUGCCUUCCUCAUAUCUGCACACUUCCUCGUGCCCCAGGGCACUGAGACCAGAAGGCAGUUCUCUGUGAAGACAACCUCUGCAGAUGCAAGCGAGUGCUAUGAAAAGUACAUCGAAGAGUUGAAAAAACAAGGAUUUCUUCUGAAAGAACAUUUUACCCCAGAAGCCACCCAAUUAGUAUCUGAGAAAUUGCAAGCAUUGCUUUUAGAGGAAGUAAUACAUUCAAGCACUCUGAGCCAAGAGGUGAGCGAUUUGGUGGAGAUGAUUUGGGCAGAGACUCUCGGCCACCUGGAGCACACACUCCUCACAUCUGUGAACAGGAUCAGUCUUAACGACGUGAGCAAGGCAGAGGGAAUUCUCCUCCUAGUAAAGACGGCACUGAAAAAUGGAGACACAGAAGAACAGUUGCAAAAGAUGAUGUGUGAGUUCUACAGAUUAAUACCUCAUAGAGGUACAGCAACUGAAGAAGUUAACCUGAGACUACUAGCCAAGAAAGAGGACCUCUGCCAGCUAAUAAGGGACAUGGUUAAUGUCUGUGAAACUAAUGUGUCCAAACCCAACCCACCAUCUCUUGCCAAAUACCGAGCUUUGAGAUGCAAAAUUGAGCACGUUGAACAGAACACGGAAGAAUUUUUCAAAGUUAAAAAAGAGAUAUUGCAGAGUAAUCACAGUCAAAGUCCAGUGAACAUCUUGCAGAUAUUCAGAGUGGGCCGAGUGAAUGAAGCCACAGAGUUUGUGAGCCAGCUCGGCAACGUGAAGCCCCUGUUGCACGGCUCUCCCGUUCGGAACUUUGUAGGCAUCCUGUCGCGUGGGUUACUUUUGCCCAAAGUAGUUGAAGAUCGUGGUGUGAAAAGAACAGACAUUGGAAAUCUUGGGAGUGGAAUAUAUUUCAGUGAUUCACUCAGUACCAGUAUCAAGUACUCACACCUGGGAGAGACAGAUGGCACCAGGCUCUUGGCCGUCUGUGAUGUAGCCCUUGGAAAGUGCGCGGACGUACACAGGAAAGACUUCUCCUUAACAGAGGCACCGCCAGGCUACAACAGUGUCCAUGGGGUCCCAGGAACAGCCACUGUCACCACGGACUUCGAGGUUGAUGAAUUUGUUGUAUAUAAAACCAAUCAGGUUAAAAUGAAAUAUAUUGUUAAGUUUUGUUUAACUGGAGAUGAAAGAAAGGACUUCUGUCCUUGUAAUAACGCUGAAUUAGAGGAAUACACACCCAAGGUUUCAAAUGUUUCAAAGAUUGAAGAUUACCAGUUACCCGACAGCAGACCUUUCAGCAGCAUCAAGGCCGGCCUACAGGACACUUCUGGGAAUUCAGUUCCUCUUGAGGAUGUGCACAUCAAGGGGAAAAUAAUAGACUUUGUAGCCCAGGUCGUUGUUUUUCAGACAUACACAAAUCACAGUCAUGUGCCCAUUGAGGCAAAAUAUAUUUUUCCUUUGGAUGAUAAGGCAGCUGUGUGUGGUUUCGAAGCAUUCAUCAACGGGAAGCACAUAGUGGGAGAGAUUAAAGAGAAGGAAGCCGCCCACCGAGAGUACCACAAAGCCAUCAGCGAAGGCCACGGUGCUUACCUGAUGGACCAGGACGCACCUGAUAUUUUUACUGUAAGUGUUGGAAACUUACCUCCCAAGGCUAAGGUCCUUGUCAAGAUUACCUACAUCACAGAACUCAGCAUCCAAUUUGGCAUCCAAGGAACCAUGGCUGUCUUCUUCAUACCCACCACUGUUGCGCCCUGGCAACAGGACAAAGCUUUGAAUGAAAACAUCCAGGAUACAGUAGAGAAGAUUUGUAUAAAAGAAAUAGGAACAAAGCAAAGUAGCUUCUCUUUGAGUAUGUCUAUUGAGAUGCCUUACGUGAUUGGAUUUGUUUCUAGUGAUACACAUGAACUGAAGAAAAAGAGCACAGACUGCAAAGCUGUGAUUAGCACCGUGGAAGGGAGCUCCUUAGACAGCAGUGGAUUUUCUCUUCACGUUGGUUUGCCUGAUGCAUAUCUCCCAAGAAUGUGGGUUGAAAAACAUCCAGAAAAAGAAAGUGAGGCCUGCAUGCUCGUUUUCCAACCAGAUCUCGGUGUCACCCUCCCUGACGUAGCUGAGAAGAGUGAAGUGAUUAUCUGUCUGGACUGCUCCAAUUCCAUGGAGGGUAUGACCUUCUUGCAAGCCCAGCAGAUUGCCUUAUAUGCACUGUCAUUGGUGGGUAAGAAGCAGAAGGUGAAUGUUGUCAAGUUCGGCUCAGGUUACAAGGAGUUGUUUUCCUACCCUAAGUGCAUCACAAGCAAUACCGUGCCGACUGAGUUCAUUAUGUCUGCCUCGCCUACCAUGGGAAACACAGACUUCUGGAAAACGCUCCGGUAUUUGGGUUUACUGCCCCCUUCUCAAGGUGUGCGGAACAUCCUGCUUAUAUCCGACGGGCACCUCCAGAGCGAGGGCCUGACCCUGCAGCUUGUGAACAGGCACGUCCAGCACACCAGGCUGUUCUCCUGCGGCGUCGGUUCUACAGCAAAUCGUCAUGUCUUGAGAACUCUGUCCCAGUGUGGUGCUGGAGUAUUUGAAUAUUUCAACUCAAAAUCCAAACACAGUUGGAAAAAACAGAUAGAGGACCAGAUGACUCGGUCCCGUUCUCCAAGCUGCCACUCUGUCUCCGUCACUUGGCAACAGCUCAGUCGGCGGGUGCCGGAGCCCCUGCAGGCCCCCGCCAAGGUGCAGGCCUUGUUCCACGGUGACCGGCUCCUGGUCUACAGCUUCAUUCCUCAUUGCACACAGGCAACUCUGUGUGCAUUGAUUCAAGAGAAAGAAUUUUCUACGAUGGUGUCAACUACUGAACUUCAGAAGACAACUGGAACUAUGAUUCACAAGCUGACAGCACGAGCUCUGAUCCGAGAUUAUGAAGAUGGCAUUCUCCAUGAAAAUGAAACGAAUCAUGAGAUGAAGAAGCAGAUCUUAAAGUCUCUGAUUAUUCAACUCAGUAAAGAAAACUCUCUCAUCACACAGUUUACAAGCUUUGUGGCAGUUGAGAAAAGGGAUGGUAAUGAGUCACCUUUUCCUGAUACUCCAAAUAUUUUGGAACUUAUUGCCAAAGAAGAUGUCGAUUUCCUGCCAUACAUGAGCUGGCAGGAAGAGCAGCUGGAUGCCAUCAUGCCACAGGGUAGCACAUGCAUGUAUGAGCUAAAUUUGAACUUUCCCAUCUGUUUACAGCCUCUUUCAGCAUCCUCUGAAUGGCAUGAAGAAUUCCUAUGUAAACAUUUCACUAAAAGAAAACUUAAAUCAUCUAAAGUGGAAGUUUUUGAAGAUUUUGAAUUUCUUAGCUUAGGUUUCCAACAACCAGAAGAAGCUUUAACACUUGAUUUUGAACGUAGAGAUGUGGAAAAGCCAUUGGAUUUAAGUCAGAUUAAUUCACUUAAACACGAAAGAAUUAAAGCACGGUUUACAAAAGCCAUUUCACCAAAAAUGGCUGCUCCUAGGUCUUUUGCUGCUCCUGUUUCAGCCCAUUUGAUAGCUGCCUGCUCUGCUCCCAAUCCUCCCCGCUUACUUGCUCAGAGCUCUCUUUUUGGUUCUCUUGCUAGUCCCAAACAGUUUGGUCCAUCUAAGAAUGACCAAGGCCUGAAGACUAGCCUUCGUACUGACACUUCCCUUGAGUGGGGUUCUCCUCCCAGACUGCCACCUUUUGGUUCUUCUCCUGGUUUGGCUUUUUCAGCUGCCUCGCUUAGCUCCAGACAGCUUGAUCUACCUGAAAUUGAUGAUGGCAUCUGUGGUUAUGCUGGCCCUUCCUUUGAGUUGGAUUCUCCUCCACAGCAGAAUUUUUUGUUUUCUUCUAUACCUCCUCCCCACCCUGGAGGGGUUAGCUUUCCUCCUCUCCCUCUACCAGGAGGGGUUGGCAUUCCUCCUCCUCCUCUUCCUCCUCCUCCUCCUCCUCCUCCUCCUCCUCCUCUACCAGGAGGGGUUAGCUUUCCUCCUCUGGCUGAUUCCUCUCCUCUUCAUUUCCCAAAUUCCCCAGCUGCCUUGAGCACCAGUCACAAGCAGCCAGUACAUUUAAUGGACCUUGAUAUUCCUGCCAGAACUGCUACAUGUUGGGGAGAAUCAUCAGAUUCUCCCCAACAUGUAGGCCUGGCUGCCUUAAGUUGUUCUGACACAGAAAAUGAUGAAAAUUGGAGUGAUUCUUCCCAAUAUACAUGUCUGGGUUUUUGUGAAACAGAAAAUGAUGAAAAUUCUUUUGAAAUACAAAGUGAUGAAACACGAAGAUUUCCGGCAAGUAGGCUUUUUAAAGGGAUGACAAAAUUUGAUAUAACAAGAAGAGAUUUUACUGCAAGAUUUCAGGCACUAGAAGAUGAGGACAACAUAGUCUGCAAGCAAAGCUGGAGGAAUUUUGUGCCUUGGACUGAACUCUUCAGUCUGCAAACAGAGGAUGGCUUCUGGAAACUUACGCCAGAAUUGGGAUAUAUAUUAAACCUUAAUACAAAUAUUUUAAACAGCUUUCUUGAACAAAAAGGCAUUCGAUCUCUAGGUAUAAAAGGAAGAGAACGUCUUCUGGACCUGAUCGCCACACUUCUGGUACUCCAGUUUCUUUGCACCAAGUUGGAACAAGAGGGAAUAGUCUUCAAAUCCCUGAUGAAAUUGGAUGAUGCCCCUAUUCUCAGGAAUAUUCCCUGGGCUUUUGAGAAAAUAAAGAAAGCAAGUGAAUGGGUAAGAAGAAAUGAAGGACAAUAUCCAUCCAUCUGCCAACGGCUUGAGUUAGGUAAAGACUGGGACUCGGCCACUAAACAGCUACUGGGAAUCCAACCCAUAAACACCACUUCUCUCCACAAAGUUCUUAAUUAAGUUCAAUUCUAAAUGGAAUAAAGUCGUAUUUUAAACUCUU